ACGUGAGCAAAACAAAGAAUAAUCGAAGAAGCGAACUCGCAAAUUUUGAGUGAAAAUGGCAGGUUUUGAUGAUGCUGGAGUGUUUUUCAGUGAUAAUUUUGGUUCAGAGGAGCAACAUGACGAACAACACAUCAAUAGACAACAAGUUAAGAAGAGAUUUAAAGAUUUUAUUCGCCAGUUUCACGAGGGAAAUUUCUCUUACAAAUAUCGAGAUGAGUUGAAACGACAUUACAAUUUGAGUCAGUUUCUACUGAACAUAGCAUUAGAUGAUGUCAUUAGUUUUGAUGAGGCAUUAGCUGAUAAAUUAAUCAAACAACCUACUGAACAUCUACCAUUGUUUGAAGAUGCUGCUAAGGAAGUAGCUGAUGAGGUGACAAGACCGAGACCUGAAGGUGAAGAAGAUGUAGAAGAUAUUCAGAUAACCUUGACCUCCAAUGCCAACCCUUAUUGUAUUAGAGACUUAAAGUCUGAUCAAAUGUCAAGAUUAGUCAAAAUACCUGGCAUCAUUAUAGCAGCAUCAAAUGUCAAGGCAAAGGCAACUAAAUUAACUAUGCAAUGUCGAAGCUGUGGCAAUUCUGUCAACAAUGUCUCUGUUAAACCAGGUUUAGAAGGCUAUGCUUUACCCAGAAAAUGCAACACAGAACAAGCUGGAAGACCAAAAUGCCCAAUAGAUCCAUUCUUUAUUGUUCCUGAUAAAUGUCGAUGUGUUGAUUUCCAAGUACUUAAACUGCAGGAAGCACCAGAAGAUGUUCCUAAUGGAGAAAUGCCAAGACACAUGCAGGUUUAUUGUGAUAGAUAUUUAUGUGAUCAAGUGGUACCUGGUAAUAGAGUUAUGGUUAUGGGAAUUUAUUCUAUUAAAAAAGGAGGAAAAUCCACAAAGGGAGGAAAUCGUGAGAAAGUAAAUGUUGGAAUAAGACAGCCAUAUUUCAGAAUGGUUGGUGUUACAGUCGACACCGAAGGAACUGGCCGAAGCUCUAGUAAUUUGAUUAAUCCAGCAGAAGAAGAAGAUCUCCGACGUUUGGCUGGACAGCCUAAUAUUUAUGAAACCCUGGCUAAAAGUAUUGCUCCCUCCAUAUAUGGUAGUAUCGAUAUUAAGAAAGCUAUUGCCUGUCUUCUGAUUGGAGGAUCCAGAAAGAGAUUACCAGAUGGUUUAACUAGAAGAGGUGAUAUCAAUUUAUUAAUGUUGGGUGAUCCUGGUACAGCUAAAUCUCAACUGCUAAAAUUUGUAGAAAGAUGUUCACCUAUUGCAGUAUAUACAUCAGGUAAAGGUUCUAGUGCUGCAGGAUUAACAGCUUCUGUUCUCAGAGAUCCAGCUUCAAAGAACUUUAUUAUGGAAGGUGGUGCUAUGGUAUUAGCUGAUGGUGGUGUAGUAUGUAUUGAUGAAUUUGAUAAAAUGAGAGAAGAUGAUAGAGUAGCUAUACAUGAGGCUAUGGAACAACAAACUAUUUCUAUUGCCAAGGCUGGAAUAACAACUACACUGAACUCUAGAUGUUCUGUUUUGGCAGCUGCUAACAGUGUAUUUGGAAGAUGGGAUGACACGAAAGGAGAAGAGAACAUAGACUUUAUGCCAACUAUUUUAUCUCGAUUUGAUAUGAUAUUUGUUGUAAAAGAUGAACAUGAUGAAAAAAGGGAUGUGACACUAGCUAAACAUGUGAUGAACGUACAUUUAAAUUCUCUGCAAACUACCGAUGAGACUUCGGAAGGUGAAGUUGAUUUAAACACAUUGAAGAAAUUUAUAGCUUAUACCAGAGCUAAAUGUGGUCCAAGGUUGUCUUCUACUGCAGCCGAAAAGUUAAAGAAUCGUUAUGUUUUGAUGAGAAAUAGUGCUGGUGAAUAUGAAAGAGAAACGGGUAAAAAAGUCAGUAUACCUAUAACUGUCAGACAAUUAGAAGCUAUUAUUCGUAUCUCAGAAUCACUGGCUAAAAUGAAGUUAGCUCCCUUUGCUACAGAAGUUGAUGUUGAUGAAGCCUUACGAUUGUUUCAAGUGUCCACUCUAGAUGCUGCUACAUCUGGUAACCUAGCAGGAGCUGAAGGAUUUACCACCGAGGAAGAUCAGGAAUUUUUAAGUCGUAUUGAAAAACAAAUUAAACGAAGAUUUGUCAUUGGUUCCCAAGUAUCAGAACAUGCCAUUAUUCAAGAUUUUGUUAGACAGAAAUAUCAAGAGCGAGCCAUACAGAAAGUCUUACAGCUGAUGUUACGUCGUGGAGAAGUUCAACAUAGAAUGCAAAGAAAAAUGUUAUACAGAGUCAAAUAAAUCUGAAAACUAUGUCAAAGAUAUAACAAAGCGUAUGUUUUCAACUAUAUGAAGCUACUAAAAAUUAUUAAACAUUGUAUUGUAAGUUUAAAUGGAUUAGUGCUCAUCAUGUACUUAUUCAUCUUCACAAUGUCAAGGUAUUGCGAAGUCUUAUACCUUGACUACAGUAGCCACCUUUCUUGCUUCAAGGAAGUUGGUAAAUGGAGUGAUUUGAUUGGAUAGAACCCAAGGGAAUACAGCUAAAGAGAGCUGUAUUGUUUACAACUGUUCUGUAUUCGCUGGCGUAUAAUCCAAUCAAAUGGCUGCAUUCGGCUAUUGUAGUCAAGGUAAAUGGCGAAGUUUGUUAUACCUUGACCAUUGUAAAGAUGGUACUGAUUAGAACUUGUUUUCCUGUUUUUGAAGUGCUUUCAGUUUCUGUACUACUUAUAUUCAUUAUUAUCAUAUAAAAUGUUUGGAAUUUUUUCUAUUGAAUUUUGAUGGAUUGUAUAAAUUUGUAAAUAAAUAUUCAGUGUACAUUUACUACUUC